AUGAAUAGCACCGAAAGCGAGAUCCACGAUGUAAUCAUCAUCGGUGCCGGACCCUGCGGCCUAGGUGUCGCUGCUCGCAUCCACGAAGAUACACCCUCGGCCGUAUUUACCGAUGAAGAACACCAGCGAUACCACUGGAUCAAGAAACAUGCAGGAAAGAUGAAUCUCGUCCAAGCAGGCCGUACGAAGAAGAAGGGUGUCCGCGCGGAAAAAUGGAAUCGCGGACUGAAAUGCUGUGAUGGAGAAAGAGAGACGCCAGACAGACAGCGCAGAGCAUCAUCAGACUCGGUAUCAUCGGUUCCCUCGCUUGCGUCUUCGACUUCUUCCAUUUCGUCUUCUUCAACUAUUUCGACACUUGUCCUGGAUGGAUCCAGUGAUCAGUGGAUGCAGAGGUGGAAUAAUGCGUUCCGGACGUUGGAGAUUAAGCAAUUGAGAAGUCCCAUGUUUUUUCAUGUUGAUCCCGGGGAUCGGGACGGAAUGCUUGCUUAUGCGCAGGAGAUGGGACGCGAGGGAGACCUUUGGGAGAUUUCUGGGUGUGUUGGGAAGGAUGUGAGCAAACAUAAGAAGAAGAAGAGGAGGCAGGGAGGGAAGAACCAAACGAUUGGAGUCGAGAUCGACGAGCGAGAUCGCAAAGACUAUUUCUCCCCGUCGACUGAUCUCUUCACUGACUACUGCAAUUCCGUUAUUGAUCGAUACGGCCUGAAUCGCGCAGACCUAAUUAAGAAGGAAGAGGUUGCGGACAUGACAUACGAUUAUCCAUCUGAUAGAGGAGAUGCACCAGUGUCAGACGACAAGAUUUUCACUUUGAUCACGACAUCGGGCUUGAAGUUCUAUAGUCGAGCUGUUGUCCUCGCCAUCGGUGCUGGCGGAGCGGGCGUGUCCAAGAUCUUCCCAUGGAAGCCUUCUAGUCCCGAGGAGGGUUCUAAUGCAUGCUGUCAUAGCAUGGAAAUCAAGACAUUCCCGAGUGUCAACGUGCGUGAGAAAAUCCAGCGUCGACAGCAGACAAAUGUGGUCGUUGUUGGAGGCGGACUCUCAUCAGCACAAAUUGUGGAUAUGGCCGUGCGGAAGGGGGUAACCAAAGUAUGGUUCUUGAUGCGCUCUGAUCUGAAAAUCAAGCAUUUCGAUAUCAGUUUACCCUGGAUGGGAAAAUACAAGAAUUUCGAAAAAGCGGCGUUUUUCUCUGCAGACACUGACGAAGAACGUCUUGAAAUGAUGAAAACUGCUCGGAACGGCGGCAGCAUCACGCCCCGUUUCACAAGGAUUGUGAGGCAACAUGCCGCGCACAACCGUGCAUCGAUUCAUACCAACACAGUGAUCUCAUCGCAUAAUUAUGACCCAGAUACUCAAGCAUGGACCUUGACCACGGACCCUCCAAUCCCAAAUCUACCUCCAAUCGAUUACAUCUACUUUGCGACUGGAGCCCGCGCAGACGUGCGCGAGAUGUCUCUAUUAAGUCACAUGAACGAGCAAUACCCCGUCGAGGUCAAAGAGGGUCUACCAUGUCUAACAGAAGAUCUAAUGUGGAGAGAAGACGUACCACUAUACAUGACCGGACGAAUGGCCGGACUACGUCUAGGACCCGGAGCGCCCAAUCUCGAGGGCGCCAGAAUAGGCGCGGAGCGAAUCGCGUGGAGUCUAGAGGAGGUUUUAGGGAAAGACAAGGAGGUGGGGGAACAGUGCGAGGGGUUCUGCGGGCUGGGGAAUCGGUAUGCGUCGCUACUCGGAGAAUCGGACGAGUAG